CUGUCAUCACAGCUGUUCAACAUUAUCCACAAUCUGAUAAAGCUCGGGCGAACUUAGUUCAUUCAGAACAUGUUAGCAACGCAAACGAAACGGAACGCAAAACGCAUAUUGUUUUUAAAAAUGGCGGCGGCACUUGUUAGUUCGUCUCGUCAGGUGGGGAGGCUAACAAAGGCUGCAAGCAGGUUGUAUUCGGAUGCUUACCCUAAAAUAACGACUCAUUACACUAUACACCCAAGAGAUAAGGAUCCAAGAUGGAAAGACAUCAGCAUGGAAAGAGUAGCGGAGGAGACAGACAUCCUCAUCAUCGGUGGAGGACCAGCCGGAAUGAGUGCUGCCAUCAGAGCUCGCCAGAUCGCAGAGGAAAAGGGAGCUGAAGUACGAGUUACCCUGCUAGAGAAGGCAGCAGAAGUCGGAGGCCAUAUUCUGUCCGGUGCCUGCGUGGACCCCAUAGCUCUGAAUGAGCUGAUCCCCGACUGGAAGGAGAAGGGGGCUCCCAUGAACACUCCAGUUACUGCUGAUAAGUUUGGUCUGCUUACUGCUACUGGAAGAAUUCCUCUGCCAGCGUUUAAAGGAUUACCAAACUACAAUCACGGUAACUAUGUAGUUCGUUUGGGACAUCUUGUGAGGUGGCUGUCGGAACAGGCUGAAGCUGCUGGUGCCGAGAUCUGGCCAGGAUGUGCGGGCGCCGACCUGAUCUACCGCGACGAUGGAUCACUGAAGGGCGUGGCGACUGGCGACGUCGGCAUCGCUAAAGACGGCAGCCCUAAGGACAUGUUCGAACGAGGCAUGGAGUUCCACUCCAAGAUUACUAUCUUUACUGAAGGUUGUCAUGGUCAUCUCACUAAAAUGGUGUCAAAGAAAUACAACUUGAGAGAGAAAAGCGAACCUCAGUCAUAUGGUAUUGGACUUAAAGAGUUGUGGGAAGUCAAACCCGAGAACCACAAACCCGGUCUAGUAGAACACACAAUAGGCUGGCCUCUCGACAAGAACACAUAUGGAGGCUCGUUCAUCUACCAUCUCAACGUGGCUGAGGGCGAAGCACCCCUUGUGGCUACGGGCUUCGUAGUGGGCUUGGAUUAUAGCAACCCUUACCUUAGUCCUUUCAGAGAGUUCCAGAAGUUCAAGACUCAUCCGUAUGUUAGGCCUAUGUUUGAAGGUGGUUCCCGCAUAGCGUACGGCGCCCGAGCCCUGGUGGAGGGCGGGUGGCAGUGCCUGCCGCUGCCGGUGUUCCCGGGCGGCAUGCUGGCGGGCGACACGGCCGGCUUCCUCAACGUGCCCAGGAUUAAGGGCACACAUAAUGCUAUGAAGAGCGGUAUGUUAGCGGCGGAAGCUGCGAUGGACCUCAUUAUAUCUGGCGAGGCGACGCAUGAGAAAGGAGUCGUGCCCACUCAGUACGAAGACAAACUUAAGGAGUCGUUUGUUUAUAAAGAACUUAAGCAAGUCCGCAACUGCAGGCCAUCGUUCCACACGUCGCUAGGUCUAUACGGCGGCGUCAUCUACUCCGGCUUCAGCACCUUCACCCGCGGCAUGGAACCCUGGACCUUCAGCCAUGGAGGUGCUGAUCACGCUCGACUGAAGCCGGCUAAAGAGUGCCAGCCCAUCGAGUACCCCAAGCCUGAUGGCGUCAUCACCUUCGAUCUGCUGUCAUCCGUCGCACUCACUGGCACAAACCACGAGGCAGAUCAGCCAGCACACUUGACGUUAAAAGACGACUCGGUGCCCGUCAAACAAAACUUGGGCGUCUAUGAUGGACCCGAGGCCAGGUUCUGUCCAGCAGGUGUAUACGAAUUUGUGCCGAUGGAAAGCGGUGACGGACAACGUUUGCAAAUCAACGCGCAAAACUGCAUACAUUGUAAAACAUGCGACAUUAAGGACCCGUCACAAAACAUCAACUGGGUGGUUCCUGAGGGUGGUGGCGGUCCCGCGUACAACGGAAUGUAAAUAUAUAGACACUGCCGAUAACUGAAAAAAUUAUGACCCAAAUAAACCUGAUCAUUUUGUUAACAGACUGUAUAAACCAAGUACCAAGACGGUUGAAAUCUAUAUAUAGAGAAAACGACUUCAAUGUCACCUAAAACCGUUUUUCUAAGUCUGACACACUAUGCUGAAAACCGCAUUAAAAUCGGGUCAGUUAAAUGUCAGAUAAUCGCACACAAACAUAUACCUACACACACAUAUGGGUCAAACAAAAUAAUUAAUAACAAACAACAAUUGGCUAAUAUGUUUACUCAAUACUUUGUUCCUAAAAAUACGUAACUCAAAGGUAUUUGAAACAGAAAAGUUUCCUUUUUUCUGAUUUUAACAAAUAUCUAAGGCAUAUAUAAGAAACAAUGUACAGUUGUUUGUUUUUCCCUAACAUAAUAAAAUAAAAUAAAAUAAAGGCAUAUACCGAAUAGAAUAUUUAAAGUCAUUUAAGUAAGUUAUUUACUUUUAAACUUAGCAGCUUUCUUGGUUUAUUGUCUGGUUAAAUAAUCGGGUGUAGAUAUAUUCUGUGUGAGUGUAUAGACGGGAAGUAUAGACGUUUUUAGUAUAAUUAAGUCUGUAUUAGAAUAAUCAUGUAAAAUAAUUUGACUAUACAAAUCCUUAUGUAUUUGGUAUACAAUUAAUUGGUAAUAUUUUUAUGACGAUUUUUUACACUUGUAUAGAGAUAACUGAUAAAGCAGAUUAAUGAAUUAUUAUAUUCAGCAAAUAUAAAAAAGUUUUGUAAUUUUUCUUGCGCUUAAAAUGCAACUGCGCAAAAUUGCGCUACAUUUAGUAAUGUCUCUCGUUGUUGCGCAACUUUUGCGCAAUUGAGAUAAGAAUGAUGAGUGUUAAAAAGCAAAAUCAUCUCAUCAUCUAUUGUGGUUACUUAAGGAAAUCGCAUAAUUUAUAAUGUGACUUAUCCUGUAUUAAAAAAAUGAAACAAUGACAAUUCUGUCUUCUAACGAUAUCUUCCAAACUGCCUCAUUACGCCUAACUUGGUCAAAAGCUCGACAGUACUAUUUCAAUUAAACUAAUUGUACAAUAUAUUUAUGAAAUGUAAAUAUUUUUGUAACUGUUUUACGAAUCUGUAAAUAUAUUUAACCUUUUUUUAGACUGAAGAUAAAUAGUGCUGCUAUAACGACUUUAUAAGACUCGAUGACUAAUGUCUUAUAAUGACUCAGAAUUUGUAAAACCUCUUAUAAAUAUUAAAAAUAUUGUUUAUUUGCCUUUUGCAACCAUUUUGUGGUUUAACUUCAGUACAAAUAUGGUGCGGUAUGAAUCUAUAUCUGCUUGAAUAAGAGUGUCUGAGGAAUUCCCAAUUAGUAUAUAAGUGUUAAUUUUACAUGGAGAAUCAAAUAAAUUAUAUUUUAAAUAUA